UUUCAAGGCGGCGCCAGAUAUGCGUCAUUCGGCAAGCACCGAUUGUUUGACGUUCGGCGAACUAGUUGUCUUGCUAUUUGCCGAUUAACGAGCAGACGUCUACACACAUGUGAGGUUUUCCGAGCACGUGUUCGUUCUGGGAAUAGCAAAUAAUCGUCAACAUGGAUGUCGAUGUUGAUGAUGCUCUUCUUGCUUAUCACGCUUUUAUAAUUUUAACUGGAGGAUAUUUACUGCUAAAAAUGAAAAGGAAACCUAGAAGAAGGAGAUGGUGGGCGGUAUCCGUAAAUCGUAAUAGAAGCCAGUACAGCGGUACAAACUUAUUAGCAGAUUUGUUAAAAGAGCCUUCUGGACAGUUCCAAAACUUCUGUAGAAUGUCUAAUGAAGAUUUUAGUUCACUACUAGCAAAAGUAACACCUUUGAUUGCUAAGAAAGAUACAAAGUGGAGGAAAGCAAUACCACCGAAUGAACGUUUAGCCAUAACCUUAACGAUUCCUAGCAACAGGAGAUAG